UGCACAGCGGCGGCUUUGCCUCUGCUUCGCUCCUCACUCCACCGUCGUUAGCUUCUGAAGAUCACAGUUGAUCGGAGACUCAUCGAUUUCGAAACUUCCACCGCUUCUCACUGAGAGAUUUUGAAUAUGAGAAAAAAGCCAAUGUGGAGCAAGCUGAAGAGAAAUUAGCAAUGGAGAGAAACUUCAUUUCCAUGUCUCAUGAAAUUGAGAAGCUUCACCUCAAACUAAUGAGUGCCGACAGGAGAGCACAAGGGCUUGGUGAUCAUGCAUUCUAUAAUGGAAGCCCUGAAACGAGAUGCUCUGGUGGAUUAUUUGCCAAUGGCUAGCUUGGUAGCUGAGAGCCAUACCAUAAUUGUGGUUGUCAUUGCUGUUGAUUUCAUUUGGAGACAUGCUCAGAUGCUUAUUAAUGUUGGGGUGGCAAUAUGGCGUACUGAGUGCUUCUUCUUCAGAGUAGACAACACUCAGAGUGAAAGAAAAGAACUUAGCUCGGGCAACAUUAUUCAUUUUCUGUCACUUAGAACCAAAGCUUCUGUUGGUCUUGGUUUUUUCUUCAUUCUACACAGUAUUUGCUGACUGGCUUAAAAAGAGGUACAGAUACAGAGUGGAAAUCUUUCAAUAUGGAUGAAUAUAGGCUGGGGAAGGGAAAAAGAGAAUUGUUGUUGAUCUGAUUUUUUCUGUGGCUUGAUUUAACUCAUAUUCUUUAUCACUUAAAAAUGUGGAAAUGGUAUUAAGGGAUGUAGCUCAGUUCUCUAUUUUAUGUAAUCAGUGAUGGAAGCGCUCAUCUGAUUUGAAUUUGAUGCAGUUUGGCCUCCUUAGCAUAUGUUUGCCUCUUCCACCAAUCACUGCCUUGUCUCUACAAAAGCAAAAACAAUUUGCUGCUGCUGAGGGACACACUAUAUUCGACACUGAUUCUAAAGAAAACAUUUUAGAUUGGUGUAUGCUAUUUGGAAUUUGAAUUUCGUUGGUUUCCGGGAUAAUGUAGUGAAUUACAAACAAUUCAUGAGAAAGAUGAAUUAGGAAAAAAAAAAAAGGAGUUAUUUUAUU